CGACGGCAGUGGAUAAUUACAUUAUCGGAGGACAGUAAUGGCGGCCACCAUGGAGACAGCAGCUGGCACAAGCAAUAUGCUGCAAUUUAUGAAACUUAUCGGACAACUUAAAAGGGUCCCACGGACCGGCUGGGUCUACAGGAAUGUGAAGAAACCAGAGAGUGUAUCAGACCACAUGUACCGCAUGGCCAUGAUGUCUCUGACCAUCACUGACCCCACAGUGGACAAGGACAGGUGUAUAAAGCUGGCUCUGGUUCACGACAUGGCAGAGUGCAUUGUGGGAGAUAUUGCGCCAUCAGACAACGUCAGUAAAGCAGAGAAACACAGGCGAGAGGAGGAAGCGAUGAGACAUCUGUCAGGUCUUCUGCCAGUGGGGCUCAAACAGGAGAUUUAUGGACUGUGGGAGGAAUAUGAAACCCAGAGCAGUCCAGAGGCCCGGCUGGUCAAACAGUUUGACCUGCUGGAGAUGAUCCUACAGGCUCAUGAAUAUGAAGAGUUGGAGGGAACGCCUGGAAGACUGCAGGAGUUCUUUGACUCCACCAAUGGCCGUUUCCAUCACCCAGAUGUGCUCCGGCUUCUCAGCUCUUUAAAUGAUGAGAGAGGGAGUCACAUGACUAACACCGAUGGCACAAAGAAUUCUGGGAACUCUCAGGCAGCCAGUGCAGUAUCUGCACAGCCAGACACGACUUCACACACCUCCUGACUCUAACACACACUCACAAACACAAACACCUACUCAGUGGAGAGACAGAGACGCUGCACUGGGAGCACACAUGCGUGUACGAGAAUGCACAACUGCAUCACAUGACCACAUCCAUGAGUGGGUGUAGAAAACUGUAUUUUGGGAAUCGUGACUGUCAUCUACAGUUUUCAGUUUUAUCUCAGUGUGUCUGUCUCAGUUCAGCUGGAGAUUGAGUACACUGUUGCGAAGUUCAAGUUCUGCUCUGGAAAGUAGAGCAUCAGUAUCUAUAAUACAUUCUUACAGCUACUAAUGCAAAAACUGCCAGAUAAUAUACCAAUGCAAAAUGAUUAAAUGUUUCUGUAAAUGGGCUGAUGAUGCCAUAAAGCCUACAUAGAUUUCUAGAUAUUUCUCUGACAUCAUCACAUAAGCUGUAAAUUUACUGCUGAUGUAGACAGAAAUGACUAUGUCAACAUUUUCUUUACAUUAGCAGGCUUUCUUGUACAUUUCAAUUCCAUUUUCAUGUUAUUAAACAUAUUUUAUCGGGCAGAUAUUACAGAAAAAGGGUUAUCCAUCGAAGCUACUGCACCAUCAGACACGUACAAAGUAGUGUCAGUGCAUUUUCCCUUGCAGUUUUAUUUUACUGAAAUACACAUUUUUGGGAGUGGUGACAUCAGAAUACUCAGGAAUUGCAGCAUUGCUGAAAAAGAAAAAUAAGUGGACAGAUGUGAACGUUAUUUAAAGUUUUUUUUAACCAACUGUUUUAAUUGCUGCACGUUAAUGCAUUUAUUACUGUGUGUUUGGUUAUUUCAGUUUUUCAACAGGUUGAGUCACAGUUCUCAGUGUUAAUGUAAAAAUAGUCAUCUGUGAUAUUAAGUUUGGUUUAAACGAUCUUUAAUGUCGAAACAACAGCCAUAAAACAGUUAUUUAUGACGGUGUGUAAUUAAUUGUAUGAAUACAGCUGAAUACACAUUGUUACUGUAUUUGAAAGUCACAGUUUAUGUCUUUAGGGUGUUAGUUUUAGUAAAAGUUUUUGUAAAAAGGUCUUUAAAC